AGGAUGAAUAUAUAAUACGUUUUAAAAAAGUUCAAAUAACUGUUAUACAUUGCUUUAACUUUUACAAAAUAUCGCUAUGCUUCUGCUUUUUUGGGCUCAUCUUUAAAUGUGUUUUUUCUUCAAAUUUCUCCUUCUUUUUAAUAAACUAUUUUUUAUAACAAAAAACAGACAAUUUUUUGAGUGAAUGAAUUUAAAAAUUUUUAUUUCCAACUAUUAUCGAAAUCCAAUUUUGGCUUUACUGUUUUGUGUUUUGUUCCAAAACUGUUGUAGUGUCAAAACUGAUUCAUGGAUUCCUGGCAUCAAUCUUGUUGAACAACCUUCUUCCAAUUCUGGAUCUUCUCACUUAUCGCACCCCUUCGUUAACUCCCUUAAUUUACCUUUAAUUGAACAACAAACCCCUGAAUUAAGUGAUUCAUCUUUUCCAUCCAUGUUGCCUGACCAACCCAAUACCAAUGCACUCCCUCAAUCGUUUAAUUCCACAAUACGUUCUCAUGAUUUACUAGAAAACAACAAUAAGAAUGUUGUUUUUAAAAACAAGGACUAUGACAAGCCUUCAUCUACUUUAAAAAAUAAAAUUCAAUUCCCUACAAUUUAUUUAAAGGUACCUCAGCAAAAGACGAGUCAUUUAAAUCCGUCUUCUAUUGAGGUUCAAACAGAACAGAAUAGAGAAGUUGAUGAACCGAUAACUCUUGAAAAGGAAAUAUUACAAAUUGUUUCUAGCAUGUAUACCAAUAUAAAAGUAAAAGAAUCACAUAUUCGGGUUGACGCAUUAGCCUCUCACAUUUCAGUGAAUUCAGAUACUAUUGAUACUAAAGCAACCAUAACAUUUUCUAAUGAAGAUUGUUUAUGCGAUAUUCACAAUAAGGAAACCAUGGGACAAUACAUAACAUUGGUAACAGAUUGGUGUACGAACCUUUUUCGAUUAAUUCUUCACUCUUAUCCAAAACUUUUCAACAAAGACACAAAGGCUACUGUUAAUCUCUAUUUAACGACUGAAUUGCAUUGUUACUCCCUUACUCUCGAGGACAAUCCUUCACAAGAAACCAUUCAUAAUACAGAUAUUUUAUGGGGACGUAUGCAGAUGUUCGACAAUCAAUUAAAAAAUUUACCCGUCAAACCAUAUUCUCUGGUGACACGUUGGAGCCGGGUCGGCAUUAUACGGUCAAGUCCUUUAGAUUCGGCUUUUCGAACGUAUAUCGCUAAAACAUACUUCGAUGGUACCGCGAUGAAAUCAUUAAUUCUUGAAACACUUCAACAAGCAUGUUCUGUAGAGGAACUCUUAAAAAACCGCUACCUUGUUGUGGAUGGAUCUGUAAUUAUAGAAUGGCCUUUCUCUUUUCAAUUAAAAAAAUUAUUUGAAAUAAUGUUACCUUCGUGUUUAGCCUUGUAUCCUCGUGGUACAAAACUCACUUUUGCAACAAUCACAGAUACUCUUCAGAAGCAUACCAUGCUUUGUGACGCAAACAAUACCUUUGUUUUCGUGUGAUAUUAUAAAAAAAAAACCAAUUCGUUUUUUGGUCUCAACUUGUUUUGAAUCACACAUUGUUUAAAAAAAAAACAAAAGGGAAUUUUUAGUUGAAAUCUUUUUAAUUAUAGUACGAAAUGGUCAUUGUGUUUGAGACUAUUUUAUUACA